AUGUUGGGUGGCGUGGCUGGUCGACAUGUGUCGACCAGGAGGAGAGGAUCAUCACCGAUGGUGAGGCUGGGGGCAAACCUGAGCCUCUCGCUGGAGCACGGUGAUGGACCAAUACCACCCCGGAUUCCCGCACGCCGUCGACGGGCUGUGACAACAAGCGACCACAAAAGUUGCGCUCUUAUCCAGACGAGACUGAAACUUGGUGAUAUCAUGUUGGCAGCGGCUCAGGAAGCGGCGCUAGCGGGACAAGGCUCCACAAGCGGGGGGCACAAGGGGGCCCAUCGCUUAGCUGAUAGAAUGGGCGGCCCAAGUAGUCAGGCGGGUCAGCCCCCGGCCGGGGGCGGACCCACCUCAUUGUUUAUCCUCACCGAGGAUAACCCCAUUAGGAAGUACACACGAUUUAUUAUCGAAUGGCCGCCCUUCGAGUAUGCUGUGUUAUUGACAAUCAUUGCAAACUGUGUAGUGCUGGCUCUGGAGGAGCAUUUGCCUCACGGAGACAAAACCAUAUUGGCUCAGAAAUUGGAAAAAACGGAGGCCUACUUUUUGGGCAUAUUCUGUGUGGAAGCUUCGCUCAAGAUCAUAGCCUUAGGGUUUGUGCUGCACAAACACUCCUACCUCAGGAAUAUAUGGAACAUUAUGGAUUUUUUCGUUGUAGUGACGGGGUUCAUCACAAUGUUCCCACAAAAGGGGCCCGAAGUAGAUCUCAGAACAUUAAGGGCCAUACGUGUUCUACGGCCCUUAAAAUUAGUGUCUGGAAUUCCUAGUUUACAAGUAGUUUUAAAAUCUAUAAUAAAAGCAAUGGCGCCGUUGCUUCAGAUUGGACUCUUGGUGUUGUUUGCAAUUGUCAUAUUUGCAAUCAUCGGAUUGGAGUUCUAUUCUGGUACUCUGCACAAAAGUUGUUAUAGUUUAGAGGAUAUAAAGAUAAUAAUUAAAGAAGGUGAGAUGGCUACACCUUGUAAUUCAGACAACGCAACGGUGGCCCCGGCGGGUGCCUACGUAUGCAACUUCAAUCAGAGCACCUGUAUAGAACAGUGGGAAGGACCGAACUUCGGCAUUACCAGCUUCGAUAAUAUUGGUUUUGCCAUGCUGACAGUAUUUCAGUGCAUAACUAUGGAAGGCUGGACCGCAAUACUGUAUUGGACCAACGAUGCAUUAGGUUCAACGUUCAAUUGGAUCUAUUUCGUGCCUCUUAUAGUAUUGGGAUCAUUCUUUAUGCUCAACUUGGUUCUUGGUGUUCUCAGUGGUGAAUUUGCGAAAGAACGAGAAAAAGUUGAGAAUCGUCAAGAAUUCCUAAAGCUUCGACGCCAGCAACAGCUAGAAAGAGAACUCAAUGGUUACGUUGAGUGGAUCUGUAAAGCUGAAGAAGUAAUCUUAGCUGAGGAAAGGACAACCGAGGAGGAGAAAAUGCACAUAAUGGAAGCUCGGAGGCGCGCUGCAGCGAAACGGAAAAAACUCAAAAACUUGGGAAAAUCCAAAUCAACAGAUACUGAAGAAGAGGAAGCUGACGAAGACUGCGCUGAUGACGGAUAUUUAAAAUCAAAAGUGAAAUCACAAGGUCGCUGUAAAGGAUUCUGGAGAGCUGAGAAGAGAUUUCGGUUCUGGAUACGACACACAGUGAAGACACAAUGGUUCUAUUGGUUCGUUAUUGUUCUUGUAUUCCUCAACACGGUUUGUGUUGCUGUAGAACACUAUGGACAGCCAAAGUGGUUAACAUCAUUUCUCUAUUACGCUGAGUUUGCCUUUUUGGCACUCUUCAUGAUGGAAAUGUGGAUCAAGGUAUACGCCCUUGGUCCUCGGAUCUACUUUGAAUCAUCGUUUAAUCGCUUCGACUGUGUCGUGAUCAGCGGUUCGAUAUUUGAAGUGAUCUGGUCCGAGGUCAAGGGCGGUUCGUUUGGGCUGUCGGUGCUGCGAGCUUUGCGUCUGCUGCGGAUCUUCAAGGUGACAAAGUACUGGUCGUCGCUGCGCAAUCUGGUGAUAUCGCUCCUCAACUCGAUGAGAUCCAUCAUCUCACUGUUGUUCCUGCUCUUCUUGUUCAUCCUCAUAUUUGCAUUGCUCGGAAUGCAACUCUUUGGUGGUCAGUUCAACUUUCCAGAGGGUACACCAGCUACCAACUUCAACACCUUUCCCAUAGCACUUCUCACAGUCUUUCAAAUACUAACUGGGGAAGACUGGAAUGAGGUCAUGUAUCAAGGUAUUGAGUCGCAGGGUGGACACAAAAAGGGAAUGAUUUAUUCACUAUACUUUAUCGUUCUGGUGCUAUUUGGUAAUUACACUCUGCUGAAUGUGUUCUUGGCUAUCGCCGUCGAUAAUUUGGCCAAUGCCCAAGAAUUAACGGCAGCUGAAGAGGAGCAAGUGGAAGAGGAUAAAGAGAAGCAAUUGCAGGAGCUGGAAAAGGAAAUGGAGGCACUGCAGGUGUCAGAUGGUUCACCACCGCGAAUGGACAUGGGACCAUCUUCACCAACUCGUAAGAAUAAAAAGAAGGAAGAUGAGAAAAAAGAUGACGAAGAUGAUAUACCGGAUGGACCUAAACCAAUGCUACCAUAUUCUUCGAUGUUUAUUCUUUCGCCAACAAAUCCUAUUCGACGGGCGGCGCAUUGGGUGGUAAAUUUGCAUUACUUUGAUUUCUUCAUCAUGGUCGUUAUUUCAUUGUCAUCAAUUGCUCUGGCGGCGGAAGAUCCGGUUGAAGAGGAAUCGACACGAAAUAAAAUUCUAAAUCACUUCGAUUACGCCUUCACGGGCGUCUUCACGAUAGAGAUGUUACUAAAAGUUGUAGAUUUAGGUAUAAUACUGCAUCCGGGCAGCUAUUUAAGAGAAUUCUGGAAUAUUAUGGACGCCGUCGUUGUCAUUUGCGCUGCUGUCAGUUUUGGUUUCGAUAUGAUAGGAAGCAGCGCAGGUCAAAAUUUAUCAACGAUCAAAUCACUGAGAGUACUUCGAGUACUUCGUCCAUUGAAAACAAUCAAACGUGUUCCGAAGCUGAAAGCUGUUUUCGAUUGCGUCGUUAAUUCACUCAAGAACGUUAUAAAUAUUCUAAUUGUGUACAUAUUGUUUCAAUUCAUUUUUGCUGUAAUUGCUGUACAAUUGUUCAAUGGAAAGUUCUUCUUUUGUACGGAUGAAAGUAAACACACUGCCGAUGAGUGUCAGGGGUCAUAUUUUGUGUUUGACGGUGACGAGCAACUCCCACGACGGGAAGCUCGGAUAUGGUCAACACAGAGCUUUCACUACGACAACGUGGCGACAGCAAUGCUAACGCUUUUUGCUGUUCAAACUGGUGAAGGAUGGCCUCAGGUGCUUCAAAAUUCCAUGGCCGCCACCUACGAGGAUAAGGGUCCAAUACAAAAUUUCCGCAUUGAAAUGUCCAUUUUUUAUAUCGUGUACUUCGUAGUUUUUCCAUUCUUCUUCGUUAACAUUUUCGUGGCCUUGAUUAUCAUCACAUUCCAGGAGCAAGGCGAAGCUGAGCUGCAGGACGGCGAAAUAGAUAAGAAUCAGAAAUCGUGCAUCGACUUUACGAUAGGUGCUCGUCCACUUGAGCGAUAUAUGCCAAAUAAGAGAAAUAGUUUCAAAUAUAAAGUUUGGCGGAUAGUUGUAUCAACACCAUUUGAAUAUUUCAUCAUGAUGCUGAUUGUCUUCAAUACACUGUUACUCAUGAUGAAGUAUCAUCAGCAGAGCAAGAUGUACGAAAAGUCGCUGAAGUAUCUCAACAUGGGAUUCACAGGGAUGUUCAGUGUUGAGACUGUUCUCAAAAUCAUUGGAUUUGGUGUAAAGAAUUUUUUCAAGGAUCCAUGGAAUAUUUUCGACUUUAUAACUGUGAUCGGGAGUAUAAUUGAUGCCCUCGUUUUGGAAAUAGGACAAGAGAAUUCUUUCAACGUUGGAUUUUUACGACUUUUCCGUGCUGCACGAUUGAUAAAACUUUUGAGACAAGGGUACACGAUACGAAUACUUCUCUGGACAUUCGUACAAUCCUUUAAGGCUUUGCCGUACGUUUGCUUGCUCAUCGCGAUGCUAUUCUUUAUUUAUGCCAUUAUCGGAAUGCAGGUGUUUGGAAAUAUUGCACUAGACCCGGAAACUGCCAUAACAAGACACAACAACUUCCGUUCAUUCGUACAAGGAUUAAUGUUGCUAUUCAGAUGUGCCACAGGCGAGGCGUGGCCGAACAUAAUGUUAGCCUGUCUUAAAGGAAGACCAUGUGAUGAGCGAGCUGGGAAAGAACCUGAUGAAACAUGUGGGUCGUCUCUGGCUUAUGCAUACUUCGUGUCCUUCAUAUUUUUUUGUUCAUUCUUGAUGUUGAAUUUGUUCGUUGCCGUUAUCAUGGACAAUUUCGACUAUCUAACAAGAGAUUCAAGUAUUCUUGGUGCUCACCAUCUGGAUGAAUUUGUGCGCAUUUGGGCGGAAUAUGAUCCAAACGCAACAGGAAAAAUUCAUUACACGGAGAUGUACGAUAUGCUGAAAAACAUGGAUCCUCCUUUGGGAUUUGGCAACAAAUGUCCCAAUCGCCUCGCCUACAAAAAAUUAAUACGAAUGAAUAUGCCACUCGAUGUAGAAGGGAAAGUAAACUUCACCACGACCCUAUUUGCACUCAUACGGGAAAACUUGAACAUCAAAAUGAGAUCUGCCGAAGAGAUGGACCAAGCAGAUGACGAACUUCGAGAGACGAUACGACACAUUUGGCCAUUGCAGGCGAAGAAAAUCCUAGAUUUGUUGAUACCGCAAAAUGAUACGCUGAAUCAGGGGAAAUUGACUGUGGGUAAAAUAUACGCGGGUCUUCUUAUUCUGGAAUCGUGGAGAAAUACACGAUUCGGUCAAAUUGAUUCAGGACUUCCGGUACUUGAACUACAAGAUGUUGCAUCGAGGCAACCUUCUAUGGAAUCCCUUACUGGUGAUGGUCAUCUUCAUCCUGGACAUCCAUACAACGGUCACAGAAGAUCACCCAGUUUACGUGGGGGAUCACCGUUGAUACGGACUCCGAGUCCAAGAAGAAGAGGUCAUCACCUCCACCACGACAUUGGAUUCUCGGAUACAGUGUCUAAUGUCGUGGAAAUUGUUAAGGGUGAACGAAGUAGAAGGCCUUACGGGCCUGGAUCUCGAUUUACUCGAGGUUCAUGGUCAGCGUCGACGAGUCCCGCUCGAUCUCCGUCACCAGCCCGAUAUGGUCCCCACGGGGAUGCUGCCCAUCAUCGGAGUCGCCGCAACCAUCUUCAGUAUCCCACGUAUGGGACAACAAGUCUAUGUCAGAGGUCACGUUCACCGAGUCCCGCUCGACUGAAGGAGAUGCGUGACCGAUAUAGACUUUUGGACGAUGAAAUGGGAGGAACACAUCAUGUUCAACUUAGUUAUCCAGUUCUUGUGCCUGGACGUCGUCGGUUACCUCCUACACCGUGUAAACCAUCGACUUUGCAACUGAAGCCAACUAAUAUAAAUUUCCCCAAAUUAAAUGCUAGCCCUACACAUACUCACCAUUCGACACCUCAUAGUGUUCAUUCGCUGCCACAUUCUAGGGAUUUUCUCCGCGAUCAGCGUGAUUUUUACUAUGCGAGUCGCGAACGCGAUCGAAUGAGAGAUCGUGGUCGUGAUUACGAUUUAAGGUAUGAGUAUCGAGACAAGGAGCGUGAGAGGUAUGAGUUGGAACGGGAGCGGGAACGAGAACGUGAGAGGGAAAUCGAGAGAGAAAGGGAAAGAUUGGAGUAUCACGCUCCGUUGUCAUUCGAACAAGCCUUAGCGAUGGGCAGAACUGGCAGAGUACUUCCAUCACCCGUCCUCAAUGGCUACAAGCCAAAAGGUGGCCUCCAUUCGCGCCACUCCGACUCCGACGAAGAGGACUGGUGCUAGCAAAGGCUGAUAAGGCACAGCAACAGUAGGGAACAAAUAUGGGUCUAGCGGUGCGUAUCGUCGCCGUAAUACCGUGUUAAAAUCAUCUUUAAUAUGUAAGGACAGCAACUACAAAAAAAAACUCACAUAUUUUUCCAAGAAAAGCAACAAAAAAAUAACAAACUCGGUGAAAAAAAGUUGACACAAACACAUGCCGUUUUCUUUAAAUGAAAUGAAACGUUAAGAAUCAAUGAUAGACAUUCAUCCUCAUAACGUCAUCGUGUACUCUUAAAUUGGCGUCUUUAUCGGUAGUGCAUCGAAUUUUUGUGAGGAACUUCGUAUGCAAUUGACGCAUUUCAUCAUCCAGUUAUUUUUUUCAACAAUAUAUUGGAACUUGGUUAUCUUCAAAAUCGCAUCUCGCCCGGACAUCUAUCUCUCAAAACUUACUAACAUGAAUAGCGAUUGAAAGGACGAUUAAAAGAAAAAAAAACCUUGAUAAAUACUUACCAGAGUUAUUGUAAAAAAAAUAGGGAAUCGUAUGUAUAUACAUAUCGAUAGGCAAUUUAUUUUGAUCUCUGUUGAGUAAGACAUAAUGAGAAUUAAAGAUUUAUCUUAUAGUUUAACAGACGCAAAAUAACAAACAAUUGUGGACAAUUUAAGCUUGUAGAAGGAGGUUUGAGAGUUUUAAAAUGACCAUGCUACACAUUAAUGAUUAUUUCCAAGAAAUAAUCUAACAUUUUAUCGCUUUUAUUUUUUUCUAUUUUUUGCGCCUUUCAGAAGCAUAUAAUUUAGGAAAAAAAAGUCAUCCACUUCAUUCAACAAUCUUGAAGCGAAAUACAAGGUUUUCGAUUUAGCCAAAACAAAUAUACAAAAAAAAGGAGUUUAGACAUUUUACGAACGUUAGAAGGAUUGAUUAACUAAAAUUUCAAGUUCCCCGUAUGAAGAGAUUCUUGUAAUAAGGCAUUUUUCCAAACCUAUAAAAAUUCAGUGUCUGUUACUUUAGCAAUAUAUACACAGUUCACUUAGUAAUUUUUUGUGCGCAAAAUCGUAAAAACAAAUCACUUGCCCCACAUUCGUCGCAAAAUCAACUUCCUAUCGACACCUGGCAAAGAUCCGUCCCUUAGUUUCCAACAACAAAAAAAGAAUAAGACGCAUUUCAUCUGUUCGCUAGGUUAUAUGACUACCAGGAGUAGUUCGAUCGGUCUCCAAGUAUUUCUUCAGGAAGUAUGAGAAAAAAUAGUGAGGGUAAGAUAAAUUUAAACAAAAAAAUAACACAGAAAAUGCAAAAAUUGUAAUUUUUAAUACUGCCAGCAGUCGAUUUAUCACAAAAUUCAUAUAUAUCUAUCCCUCUUGAGAGUUAUAAGUUUUCACAAUUUUUCAACCUUUGCAGUCUUCGAUAAUUUUUAUCAUGAUUCAUCUUCAAUUGAGUCGAAAAUCUUAUCCCACUGCCACUUAAUUGAUAAAUUCUCAAAAGUUGGUUCUUCAUUGCGUAAUUAUGAAUAAUUACAAUAUUUUUUUCUAUUAAUUUGCAUUUUUUGGAACACAGUAACUAUAAGUUUUUUUUAAUUUUUAUUUUACAAAAUUCCCAAAAUAGAGAAAUUAAAGGCUAAAAUACAUUAACCGUUAAAAAUUGAAAAGUAUUCUGAUUAAUAAAAUUUGUCUAAUAAUAAUAUUAAGACGAAAAAAGGAAAAUCAGCAUAAAAAAAACAAAAUGUCGCGAAUAUUGUAAGUAAAACACACAAAAACCUGGGAUUUUUACCAUAAAAAAUUAAUUCUGAAUUGCUUUUCGAACAUAGAAUUUUCUUUUUUCGAAACGAUCAUAAAUGCCGCAAUAAAAAGAAAAACCUCUUGAAUUGUCUCUGAUUAGGGUGAUAAAAUUUGUUAGUUGAUCCAUUAAGGAUCUCAGACGUAGAAGACAAUUCUUACGUUUUUAUUAUUAAAAACAAAAUACAUAAAAAAUAUUUUCGGUUGUUAUUAUAUUUUUUUUUUCAUUUUCAAGCUUAAAAAAUAUUUUCUAGACUCAGAUAAAUCCGAAAAAGUUAAAUUAACAUUCCGGAAAUGUUAAUUUUACCCUGCAGUAUUGAUCUGAAAUCGGUGUAAAUAUUAUGCUUUUUAGGUGUAUUAGGGGUUAAGUUACCCUUUUUCAUAUUAUUUUUACCCUUAAAAAGGUGUAAAAUUAACAUUAAAAAUGUUGAUAUAUUUUUACACCUAAAAAGUAUUAAAUCUAUGAGGAAAAAAAAUUAAUCGCACCCCCGUUUUUUUUUUUCUUAGUGUACUUCUUUUAUAGAACUCUACUACAUAGGGCACAAGAUGGGGUAAUUCAGAAUCAUGUCUACUUUGAAAUUUAAGAUUUUCUUACUGUUUUAGAUGAUCAAAGAAAAAAGGAAAAACACGAAAAAGUACAAGAUUUCAUAUUCGAAAGUGUUUCUUUGUCGUUUUUCUUUUUUUUUCUUUUGCGAUCUAAAAUUGUUAAGAAGUCUCAAAAUUCCAAAUUAGACAUGGUUCCAAAUUACCCCAUUUUAUCCUAAGAUCGGCUUUAGACCUAAGGUCGGGGGAUCUAAGGGCGGAACUGGGCUACCGCAUGAACUCGAAAUUCAAAAUAGCAACCAAUUAUAUUUCUUUUCCAAAAUUUAAUAGAUAAUUUGCCCAUGUUGUCCAAUGUUAAGUGAUAAUUUUCCUAAAAAAUCUUGAUUGAUAAAAAUUAGAGAAGUUAAGCCAUAUGGCUAAGCCUUAGGUCUGAAGCCCGUAUAACAUUAACACUAAAUCUACCAAGACCCGGUCAAAUUGACCGGUUUAAAAUUAACACAUUUCUAAACGGUUACAAAUUCGCUAUCAAACUCUAUGAUUUUUUAAAAUAUGCAUAUAUAUAAUAUAUUUUUCACGGCAUUAAAUUUUAAUUUUUUGCUCUUUUCCAAGACAAAUUUGUUGAGUAUCCUACCCUACCAUGGUUUGUCAUUUCACCGAAAAACGCCCAAAAACGGUCGGUAGGUCUAGUGUUAAUAAGUUUUUUGAAAAAUCUUUUUAAUGUUUUCAAUCACGAAAUUAGCAAGUUAUAUAAAUCAAUAAAUAGAAGAGACAUGAUCAGUUUAAACAUAAAGCCGAUUUAAUUGUUUUUUUUUUUAAGUUUAUUUUUUAGUAAUGACUCUAGAUUGAAUGCUAUGUGGUUUUUACGGUUAAUGUAUUUGAAUCUUAAUUUCAAAAGAAUUUCAGUGUGAGGCGUAUUUCUAUUCAAAACCAAAUAAAAUUACAAUUAAAUAAUAAAAUUUCAAAAUUUAAAACGCAAACGAAUUUCAAAAUUUUAAAAUUCUAUGUUGUUUUAUUUAAAUACUUCAGUUUUACUUCUACAAAAACAGUCCACAGUUUUCAAUUUAAAAUCGGUUAAAAAAGUCAAAAUAUAAGAAGUAAUUCUUUAACAAAACAAGCAAAACCAAAGAUAAAAAAGUCGUACUCGUCGUAAAUGUAUUUAUUUAUUUUCUUUUUCUAUUUCAAAAGUAAAAGAGCAGAAACGUUAAGAGGAUAACAAACAAAAUUUUAUUAUAAACUUAACGAUGGUGGUGGAAAAAAAUAUUAAAAGAAAUGACUUCACAUUUAGCGAAAAUGUACAUAAAAUACAGUUUUCUGUGAUAUAAAAAAAGAUAUAUUAUUAAAAUAAAACAAGAAGAAAAGAGUAAUUUAAAGUCUAUAAACAAAUUUUAAAAGAAAUGAAAUGCAUUCGCGUUAUUAAAAAUAUAAACGUAAAUGAAAAGAUCUAUUAACUGAAUUGAUUUCAGAUGGAAAAGAAAAGAUUAAUGGAAUGUAAUUCAUUUAACGUUACUUACUCAUUGCCAUUUUCCCAUUUCACAAUAUUUAGUAAGAUUGAUGAGAAGUUAUUUAAAAAGAUGAGAGAUAUAGCAUUGUAAAUUGAAUAAGGAAAUGAAACGAGAAAAGAGUUUAACUUGAGAAGGAAAACGUACUGCAAACAUUUAAGAAAAAUUCUUAUAAAUACAUUAAAAAAAAACAUUUUAUUAUGAUAUAGUUUGAUGAUUGCGCGUAAAUGUUUAAUAAAGAAAAACACUGUAUUGUAAUAUAUUUCUAAAAAAAAAGAGAAAGUGAUGGUGAAUCGUGAAAAGAUAUAGAAUUUGACAAUUUAUUCGUAUAAACCAAAAACAUAAAUUGAUAAAAUCAUUUGCAUUUCUACUGAAGCUGCUUAGAAAGAGGUGAAAAAAGGGAAUGGAUAUUCUUUUGGUGUAAGAAAGGAUAAUAGAGAAUGGGAGAAAAGGAUGAGAAUCUAUUGACAUUAUAGAUGUACUCGUAAAAUGCAUAUUAUUAGAUAAAAUAUCGAUACAUAUUGUGAAUGUAAUGUCUCUUUGAAAACAAAUCCAUAUAGAACUUUAUAUUGAAUUCGUUGGAUGCUUUUAUGUUGCUCCCAUACAGAAGCAUCAUAUAUAUUCCACUCUUUUUUUUUCAAGUUCCAGCAAUAACAAAAAUAGAAAGAUGAAUGAAUAUUAAAAUUGAUGGUUUUUUUACAAUUCUUUUCAAUAUUCAAUGGAACGAUGUGGUGUCGAUAAUAGAGAAAACGAAGAAGUGAACGGGUUUAAAACGGUUAGAGAUAUGUAUCCACGGAUUUUUCAUGUAAAAACCUCAUAGAAACUUGCAGAGAAGUCAUUGUCCAUACAUAAAACAUAAUUAAACCAAAAAGAAAUAAAUGUUGACUACUCGUAAUUUAUGUAAUCUCAUAUUUUUUCGUACUUUGUCUUAAGUAUUUUUGCGGAAUAUAAGAUAGAAAAAAAAGAAGAAAAUUAGUGAAAAGAGAUAAUUUUGUAUCCUUUUAGUAAAAAGAAAAACCAAGUGAAAAACUUUUUUAAAAUACAUUGAAAUAGUGUCAACAGUAAAUUUUUGAUAUGAAUUCACCAUAUCGUCGGACUCAAUACCACGAGCAAAUUUUUUUAGAAGCCAUUACAAUUUUUGGACCAGAUGAAACACUAAUCACCGAGAAAAAAAUCCUCAAAUAUUAUUUAACACAGUUUUACUCAAAAUGGUGAAUAAUUGUUGAUACAAUUUUAAAGAGUAAUAUUUGUUUUAAAAUAAAAUGAAAGAUAGAAUAGAACAUUACACAUUAAAAGUAUGAUUUAUAGGGCAAUUUCGUCGUUUACCAUAUUAUGUAAUCAAAUAUUCAUUCUCAUAAAGUAUUUUAAUCUCAACGUAAAGUCUGAUUGGAUGAAGUUUUAAAUGUUUCGAAUAUUUUCAAUGAUUUUCCAAGCAGAUAAUGCGAUGAUACUAAAAUAUUUUAUAGGGAUUAAUACUUCAGAGAAAUUAUUUGAACAUUUUUAGCUGAGAUUCUUUUUUUUAUUGUGUUUAAAGGAUAUUUUCUAAAUUCUAAGAACGGCUUAUGUCUAAAGGAGAAAACAUCCUUUCUGUAAACUUCUAAUAAACAGCGUUGCACAUCUUUAUAAAGAAAAAAACAAUGUAAAUAAAGACAUAUAACAUUUUGUCGGUAUAUUAUUCAUUUUGCUCAGUAGUACAGUAAAAAAACGAAUUCAAUAAAAAAGUAAAGGAAUUUUGUGAAACACGCAAAAAUUAAAAAAAAUUAAAAUCAAGUUAAAUAUUUUUUGAAAUGUUUUUCUUACUUAUCGCUAUAUAAAAUGAACGAGACUAAAAGAUUAAAAACAUGCAAUAUGCAAUUAAAUAUUGGAUUUCCUGAAAUACUUUGAUCUCAACUGGUACUGUGAUUGGCUGGGGCUUGAGAGCUUUUAAAGCUCCAUCCAGUCAUAGAAAAGAAUGAGACCAAAAUUUUAGAACGAGAAAUGCAUUUCUUAAUAAUUUACAUUAUUUUUCUAAAUUUUUGUGUUUCAAUUUUGAGAUAUAUAUAUAAAGAGAUAAAUUUUUCAGUUUAAAUGCCAAAAAUUUGACCUAAAUAUUCUUGAGGACUAACGGUUUUAACACUAAACCUACCAAGGACUGGUCAAAUUGAUCGGUUUAAAAUUAACACAUAUUUAAACGGUUACAAAAUCUAUAUCAAACUUAAUGAUUUUUUUUUAAAUAUGCAUAUAAUAUAUUUUUCAGUGUUUAAAUUUUAAUUUUUUGCUCUUUUCCAAGACAAUUUUUUUUGAGUAUCCUACUCUACCGCGGUUUGUCACAUAACAGAAAAACGACCAAAAACGGUCGGUAGGUUUAGUGUUAAGGAUCUUUACGACCAGUUUUGAAAAUAUCAAAAAAAAAGGAUAUUUAUACUUCAGUGCAAUUGUUCUUAAGUUUGUUACUUUUCACCAUAAAAGGACAAGAAAAUUUUACAGCAAUUACCAUUUAAAGAUCGAUUAAACAUUAGCAGGUUAUAUAUUUAAGGACUUGAGAAGUAAACUCUUAAUUCUAAAAAAAAAUCUAAAUUGAAAUAUUUAGUGUUGAAAAUAAGUGAGUUUUUUUUUAAAUUAACAUACACUGAAAAAUAUAUUUUGUAAGAUUGUUCGUAAAUGUUUGUGAAUUUCCACUAAUUAUCGUAUCUUAUCUUACUGGGAAAUGACGAAAUAAGUUUCACACAAAUAAGUUUGUAAAAUUUUGCACUUUUUCACAAACAUUGUUCGUAACAUGAUCACUUGACAAGCAUUUUUAAUCCUUUAACAAACACUUAUUCGUACAUUUUUGUUCGUCGAACAAAACUUUACAAACCAAUGACAAAAUUUGACGAACAUUGUUUAGAGUAUUUACGAAAAUUUACGAACAAAUGUUUGUAAAUGAACCAAAACCAAAAAUGGUCGUUAAAUAAUCAUUUUACGAACAAUGUUUGUGAAAAGGUACAAACUUUUACAAAUUUAUGGGAAGUUUUACGAGCAUUUCGUAAGUGCCCAGUAGGAAUUCACAAAAAUAUUUUUUGUUUAGGGGGAAGUGCGGCACCUUUGAACUGGGGCAGCUUCGAAAUUGGGCUUUUUUUGCUAUUUUUAAAUUAAACUUGACCUUAUUAUAAUACUAUAAUUUAGUUCCACAAACCAAUUCAAAAGCAAAAUUACAUCAUAAGGCUCAAGUCCAUUUAAAAAUAGAAGAAAAAAAACCCAAUUUCAAAGCUGCCCCAAUUCAAAGGUGCCCCAUCUCCCUCUAUUAAAAGCCAAAUUUUAUUUUUAAUAUUUGAAAAUUUAAAAUCUCAGAAAUAAACGUUAAAUUAUUUGAAGAAUUAUUUUUAUACAAAAUAAUAGUUAAUAUAGGGGGAAGUGGGGCACCUUUAAAAGUGGGGUACCUUUGAAAUUAGGAUUUUUCUCCUAUAUUUAAGUAUAACUGAGCUAUGUCGUAAUGUAAUUUAGCUUCUCAAUCUGUUUGUGCAGCUAAAUUAUAUCACGAUAAGGUUCAAUUUUAUUUAAAAAUAGCCGAAAAAUCGCAAAUUCAAAGGUACCCCACUUUCAAAGGUGCCCCACUUCCCUCUAACUUUUUGAAUCUUAAUUGAGUAAUGAUUAAAUUAAACUUUUUACUGUUCAAACUGAAUAAAAUACUGAACAAAAUGUCGCAGCCGAAAAUUUUUCAGUUUACCAUUGAAUGACAUGAAAAAUAUAAUCAAAUUCAUAAAUUUGUAAAAUAGUGUCGAAAUAUCUACCACCUGUAAUCUCAGUCGAUGUGCAUCAUAUAGAUUCGAAAACGUACAUUUUGCUAUAUCACUCAACCUGACGAAAUUUGAAGAAUAUCUGGCAUAUUAGACGAUGUGCACGAGACUUUUUCUUUUUAUUAAAUCGCUAGUUUAUGGAUUGAUGCUAAAUACAGAAUCCACUGUUUUUUCCGAAAAAGUUGAAGUUGCUAGAAUUUUCUUUAACAUUUUUAUACUGAAUUCUCUCUCAUUGCUGUUGUGUUGAAGAGGAAUAUGUUACGUAUUUAUCUAGAAAAAACCAACGUGCGCAUUGUCUCAUGUUUUUCAAUAAACGAUAAUUUUUUGUUAAAGUUAAAAAUUAAACUUUUCCUUAAAAUUUUUUAAAAAAAUUUUGAUACAAAAUUUAUAAUUUUUCAAAAGAAAUGGUUAUUAAUAGUGAAUUCGUUAAAAUUUCUCUUUUUAAACUUUUUAGAUUGUUUUUAACAGAGAGUGACUAAUCCAGUGUGUCCAACCGAUAGAAUAGUGAAAAAAUAUAUAUUCCUAGAGAAAUUUAUCCAUGAAAAUACUGUAUAUUGAAAAUUUUAUUCAUUGACUCAUCGUGUAAAAAAAAACAAACACGUCACUUUUUCAUCGAAUAUUUUAGAAAAAAAACUUACAGAAAAAAGAGAAAAAAAUCCAAAUCCAUAUCCAACACAAUAUUGAGAAUGGAAAAAAAAUCAAGUAACGUACUAUUAGACUUUUUAUAAGAAGAAAUUGAAAUAAAAAAAAUAUAAACCAGGAUAUACUUUUGAAAGAAAAGAAACUACCUACCUAAGAACCGAGAUGAAACAAGUAAUACAAAAUAUAUUGAUUCAUUCAUUACAUUAAAUACUUUUUAAAAAUAUAUUAAACAUUUAAUCAAAUUUACAUUAUGAUAUAAAAAGAAGAAAAAAAAACAGAUAAAAAUCUUAUUAAUUUUCCCUAUUGUCAGAUAUAUAUUUACGAUAAUGAUAUAAUGAGAAUGGUCACAUUUUUGAAAAAUUCAACCUUAACAAACUAAAAUUGUUGACUAAUCAGAAGAAAAAAAAUCGUAGUGAAAAUGUAUUACAUCAGAGAAGAUAUGUUUUAUAAAACAAUAUUGUAAAGGAAAACAUUUUACCUGUAUUGAUUAAUAAAAUUGUAACCACUGAACCACCUACAUACAUUAUAUAAAAAGAACCUACCUAUAUUUUCUUUUGUUACUAUUAUAACAUUGAAUGCUAAAAUGUAUAACAAAGUUUAUUACUGGUUGAAUUCUUCAAAUAUUUAAAAAGAAAGAAUGAAAUGGAAAUGAAAUAUUAAGUAAAUAUACCAAAUAUUGGAAAGUGUUAGUUUUCCAAUGAAAAAAAAAGAAAUAUUAUAAAUAUACAUACAUUGCAUAAUUAUAGCUAAAUCUAUAAAUCUUAUAUGUAAAAAAAAAGUGACAGAAACUGAAUUAUUUAUUAUUGAAAUGAAACAAGAAAAGAAAAGUAAUAGAAUGCACUGUAUACCGGAUAUUUGUUAAAUCGCAUUAUUGAGAAAGAUUGGAAAGAAAAAAGAAAAAUGAAAAUUCUUAGAUAAAGUAUGAAAAAGAAAUUUAUUAUCAUGUCAUCGCUUUCGAAGCCCGUUUUUUAAAGAAAAUAAAGUAUAUGAAAAAAUUAGA